GCUCAGGGUUUACUGCGCCACGUUUGUCUUUUUUUUGUUUCCUUCCACAUAAAAAAGAAGCGCACCCAUCAUCCAUUAUUAUUAUUAUUAUUAUUAUUAUUAUUAUUAUUAUUAUUAUUAUUUCGUGUUUAUUUUAAAAAUAAUACUAAUAAUAAAAAGAAUACAUUUCUCCCCGAGUUCAGUUUCUCCGAGGCCACUUGCAUGCAUUGUUCGUCUCCCAAAAUGGUUUGCGAGACUAAAAUAGUUGCGGACGACCCCGACGCCAUAGCUGGGAACAAAAAAGAUUCUCUGAUCGUUUCCUCUUCGCAGAUGUGGACCUCGGCUUCCGACUCGUUUGAGCGGAAAGACGCGAGACGGGAGCAGGUUUUAAUCCGAGACUUCGAGCGCGCGGACACCGCGGAGGUGCGCCGCAUCUUCAAUGAAGGCAUCAUGGAGCGGAUACCCAACACGGCCUUCCGCGGUCUUAAACACCAACCACACACUCAGUUUAUUUACGCUGUGCUUACAGUAAUGUGCUUUGUUAUGACCAAGUCCGUCAUGCUGACAUGCUGCACACCUUUCAUUCUAUUGGGAGCACGCUAUUACUAUAGCAGAAAAGUCAUCCUCAACUACUUGGACUGCGCACUCCACACAGAUAUGGCUGAUAUCGAGUCAUACUACAUGAAGCCCACAGGUUCUUGUUUCUGGGUGGCAGUGCUGGACGGUCAGGUGGUGGGCAUCGUCUCAGCACAGGGACGAGAAGAAGACAACACGGUAGAGCUGCGGCGCAUGUCUGUGGACUCUCGUUUCCGUGGGAAGGGCAUUGCCAAGGCGCUGGGACGACGGGUCCUAGAGUUUGCUAUGCUUAACAACUACUCGGCCGUGGUUCUGGGAACGACAGCAGUCAAGAUGGCCGCCCACAAGCUCUACGAAUCAUUGGGUUUUCAAAAGGUGGGCGAGUCCGACAACUACACUCUGCCUGGAAUGAGCCGCUCGCUGAUGGAAAGGCUCUUCUUCCAGAUCCGCUACAGCCGCUACCGGCUACAGCUCCACGAAGAGUGAGAGAGUGUGAGAGUGAACGAAAGUAUGAGCGAACGAGUGGACGUAAGAAAGCACGUGAGAGUAUGAACACCGACCACAACCCUUAAAUCACCUAAACCAAUCCACCUCUUAAACCAUAUUAUUAUUAUUUUUUAAAUCACAAAUGUUAUUUCUACCACUAUGUCUAUUAAUCCCUUAACCGUUAUGUUUUUUUCUUUUAACAUUUUACUUUAAUAAUUUCUUUCAUGAUCUUUUUUUUUUACCAAUAUCAGCUGAACCUCACAAUUAGUUUAUAUAUACGUAUAUACACUACUAUAUAUCAAAAAGGAGUAAUGAUAAAACCCUGAUCUUAACAAGAGUAAAAUGCCACACCACAAAGCAAGGCAAUAGGUCGGUCAGACUCUCUUUUAAAUCUGUUGUAAGGGCUGAUCUGAUAGCUAGCAUUGACUUUUCUCAAAGAUGGCAGAAUGAAUGGAGGGGUGUACAGAGGAAAGGAAAAUGGAUACAGUUACGAAUCUCUUUCCAAUGUCACACUACUCUGUUAAAUGUACACGAAUGCAGGUGUUGAACUUCAUAAAAUGGAAAGGCUGGUGACACUAGCAGUCAAGCAAACAAUAUUUACUAAAGCACAGCAAGGUUUUCUAUGUCUUAAGAAUCAGAAGAUGGGGAAACAGUGAAGUUAGCACUAAAGUGAAAUAACUCCUAGUUAAUCCUGCACAGUUUAACUCUGAGUUAACUCAAGAGUGGUGGUGAUUUUACUGUAAGGGAGGAGUCCUACUAUACAUACAUAUAUAGUAACUGAUAUUUUGCCUCUAACUCUUCCUGUUUUUGUUUUUGUUUUAAAUUACAGACCAGUCUCUCAAUCUUUCCUUUUGUGUUGCCGGAACAGAUCAGAUAUUGCACAGAUUGUAUUGCUGUAUAAGAUCUAUAUUGUGUUAUGUCUCAAUGUUACUAAAAUACCUACUUAUUUAAAAUCGGAAUGAAUUGGACCUAGAUGAACGAGAUAUUUAUUUGCAGUCAGUGAAAUUUGAUUUGACAUCAACAUAAAAAAAAAAAAAGAACUCUCCUUACAAAUGCAUAAUUUCCAUUAAAACAUUACCAAGUUUCAACAAUGCAAAUUGAUACUGUUGCGGUAUUAAUAAACGUAAUAUGCAUCUGUUAUAGCUCGUUGGAUCAGUCAUAAACCUGAGCACAAAUUUGGAUUUGACAAAUUGACUGCGUAAAUAUUCACCAUACAAACCUUUAUAUUUUACAUAAAUAUGGGAAUAUGUAAAUGUGAAACAUUUGAAUACAUAUCGAUGGCAGAUAUAACUGAAAAUCUCUCACCAUAUCCAUUCUCCUAGGAACGUACCAGCAAUGGGAGAGAUACAAGCCACAACGAGCCUCAUUUGUGAAAUAUUCUUGUAUAAAGUUAAGAAACUAAAUGUGAUUAAAACUAAGUAACGUAGCGCAAAAAAAAAAAAAAAAAAAAACCAACAAAACGACAAAAAAAAAAACCCAAUUUGACCCUUACCAAUUUUCCUUGACUUGACUUUUACCUAUCCAUGAAACUGACUGCAGCCCUGGGCCAGCCCCUCCCACACCUUAACCCCACUCACUCAGCCCCCACCCCACCUCUGCAUGCGCCACUGAGCCUUGUUGCGCUGCUUCUAUCUCCAUUCAAGCUUGUACGACCCCUAAAUACCCCUCUGUGAUGUUAUAGCAGCAGCGCAAAACAUUCAGUCAAGUAACUCAAAGAUGAUUGAUUGAUGACGGGAAGGUUAAGUGUAUGACGUAAGAGAGGAACCUACCGACUCGCUGCUUCGAUGACAUCACAGUUGCCAAAAGUAGAAUGCAAAAGCAAUGCAAAUAUGUGGCAUGCCUCUGUACCUGGUUCGUACGUAUGGUGCCUGCCCUGGAAAUGAUGUAACUCUGUUUAAAAAUAUGUAGAACAAGCUUCUUUUUUUAGCUGAACAUAUAACAAUGUGUGUCUUUGUUAAAAGAAACUACUGUUUUGCAUGAAACAUGACUUUGAAUGAAAAAUGUUUAAGAAAACAUGAUCUAUCAAAUCGAUGUCUUAACAGUGGAGUUCUAUUUUUAUUAUUAUUAUUUAAAAAAAAAAAUUUGGGGGGGGGGUUAAUGUUAUUUGUUUACCGUAAACAUUUUCAAUUUGUUUUUAACCUUUACUACUGGGGUGAUGAAUAUCCUGUUUACUAUAAGAAGCCCAAAAAACACCCAGCUAGAUGCAGCAUUACAUAUUGUAUUACAAGACUUUAAAAGAGCUUCUCACUGUAAACUCCAGGAUAACUCACUUGAUGAAAUCGGGCGAGCUUAAAUGUAUAAAUCACCAAAUGAAUGGCAGAACUGUCUGACUCAUUAAAAACGAAACUAUUCAGACAGUAUUUAAACAUGGAGUGUUAGCACCGUGAGGAACUGUUUUAACUCGGACAACCGGAAAAAAGAAACAAGACGGAGGAAAUCGGACUAGUGUGGGAUACGUAGAGAGAACUAUUGCUGAUAACUUGACAAAAUCCACAUGAAGGAGCUACAUGUAAAAAUUAAGCACGUAAUGAGGACAUCCAUAGGUGCUUAUACAAUGCAAAGUAUAUUCGAUCAGUGUCAGCAAAUUUGGCAUUAAUGCAAGUCUGGUUAUUGAACUAUUGAAAAUCUAUUUAGAAAUAUGUGAAUGACCCAAUUAUAGGCAGAUCAUUUCACUAGGUUUGGUGUACACCGUGAUGUAUAUGACGCUAAUGAACAUUACAUGAAACUUGCAUGUAGCUCUCGUACUAAAACGUAGUGAAAAUAUCGGUUUAUCGUUUCUAUAUAAAAUCGGCUUGAUUUUAAUUUUUGAAAAUUUACUUGAACGUGAAUCCCACACUCACCAACACGGACAGUGACGACGUUGACCCAAGUGCAUAUUUACUGCACGCACAUCAGUUUGUCAGUGAGUUAACAGUGUUUUUUUUUUCUUUCCCAGUACGUGUCUAAGGCGAUGUUGGCAGAUGUGGAUGAUUGAAUGUAAAAGGCAAGCUGUAGUGUAUAAUUUUCUUGACAGAUCCAGGCUGAAGAACACUAUAUACUGCUUUAAUGCUGGUUUAAUUUGUCAGCCAUACGAUAGCACAUGUUUAAACGUGCAAAAGAGUCCAACAACAUAGCUAAUGACUGCUUCAUGUACAACAUGGUGAAAGUCCUUAGAUGUAUUACUGGUCUUUGCACAAGCAAGGAAAGCCUUGCACAUGAAAAAGUUGAAAAUAUUGGGAUGAGAAUGUACGCAUGCUGCUACGAUUCAAGGACACAACGGCAGCUGUGACUGGACGGACAGAUGAACGUUCUCAGUUGUGGAAAACGUUUGAAAAGAAAGCUUGGGGAAUUCCUAGAGUUCAUUACCAGUUAUAAUAAGAAUCGCAGGUGUUCGUUUUAAAAACGACCAAAAAGGAAUUCCUACUAAUUGAAUCAAUGAAACUUUUAUGAGCGAGUAAAUACCACCCCCCCUCUCCCCCCCCCCCUCCCCUUCAGCAUUCAAGUGUGUCUUUUGUACAUAAAUAUCCAGUGUCUGGAAAUGACUGAUAAUGCAAAGCAUUCAGAAGAUCUGUGACCUGCAUGAGAAGAUGGCUGCUACAGGAAUGGUCCACUUUUAAGAGGACAGGGGGGGAUUUACAGUGGAAGAAAGCCUUGAGUGCUCAGUUUCUUCAGUAUGGCUCCCUGGAGGGAAUUUUGAUACAAGCUAAGGCUGGAUCCCCCUUCCUACCUCCCCUAUUUACUCUUCUGGUUAAAAGCACUCUCUUGAUUGUGGCUGGAGGUGCCAAGAAUGCAGAAGCACUUGUAACAAAUUGUAUUUUUAUUUUUCUGAAUUGAUUUUGAGGUUAUAUUUACUGCUUUUUUGCUAAUCGCGAGUAUGUACCAUAUGCAAAUGUAUGAUAAAAUCAAAAAAAUGUAUUCACGAGAAACCUUUUUUUCAUAAGGCUGAAUUUGCCAAAGGUGGUUUUUGCUGCAUUUUAUUUUGUUUCUUAACUCUUUGGAAAUCAUUUGGAGAUCAAGCCCUCGUGCCAUCUAACCGAGCAAUAAAAAUGCACACGUGAGAAAGAAGAAGAAGAAAAAAAGAAAAAGCGAGGAAUUCAAAAGUAAAAAUGCUGCAUUCAUUUUCUAGCCCUAAUGCUGUAUCGAUGGUGAACAUUACCACUGGCAGGUUGAGAGAUUAUGGGGCAUGACUCUAAACUGAUUUUUUUCCCCCUGUCUUUCUAUUGUGAUUAAUGUUUUUUUUUUCUCUCUCUCUUCUAACUGUGAAGAUGAAUGAUGAUGAACUAGUGCAUAUAAUGUGUAGUACAGUCUGGCAGCCCAAGGAAAGAUGUGACCACUCGAGCCCACUGUACAGAGUGAUGCUACACACCCUCUGAAAGCUGUUCCAGCCUCGAAUCUCUGUUUGGUCAGCAUCAAAAUCUCAACAAAGUCUCUUUGAGCACUGAAAACUACAGAGAAGUGAACUUUUCAAGAUCUUGAAUGUUGAACAGUAGCAACAUGUUAACCAAAUGACAGUUUAACGUCGGAGAAGUGAAUGAUUUUUCUUAAGAACAAGGAAUUUUUUUUUUGUUUCUUUUUAAAAGCAUUUUGUUAAGUGUAAAGCUGUAAAGUGUAAUUUACUGUAAAUACGGAUAUUUUGUGAUCCUUUUAUAACAGAAAUGAUAUCUUUAAAUGUUUACAAAAAACACUGACCUGCAAACUGAGACACAAUUGUAUUCCACAACCAACAGCACACACUAAAGUGAGAACAGCUUUCAGAGUGACGGACAUCUCUUCAGUACCCAACUCAUUCUGGCCUUUUGAUGUUUGCAGUAAACUGUUACUGCUGUAGCAAAUUGGAGAUAAAUUCUAGUAUUUGAUCAAUUCCAGUCUGAACUAAAUCCAUUUUCAAUGGCUUGAGUGGUGCUUUAAACAGUAUCAUGUACCUGUACUGGUUGGCAGGGAAUGCUAGAUAAUCCUUUUUAUACAUCAGUGCUGGUAACCUGUGGAUUUCUGUCUUUUUUGGUCCGGGUCCUGGCUGACUGUCACUAUGGAAACAAGCCCACUUAAAGCACAGCAGAUAAAAUUAUAUGCAACCACUCAAGGGAGAGGGUCAGCUGGAACAUGGGGUCGGGUUUGUGUGCUUGGCGAGUGUGUUAAAUAUGCCAAUAAGCAAGCCAAGUAAGGGGUAAAAGAGGGGCGGGGGGGAGUACAAUAGAUGGCUUUAGGGUAUGACAAGCAAAGGCCUUGCUAAAAAAAAAACCUCUGUGUGGCUGCAGUGAUCACCUGGAUCCUUCAGGGUCUGUCAUUAUAAAGACGCCUCAGUUCCAUGUGUUCUUUUUUUUUUUUUUUUUUUUUUCCCAACUGCUGUAACUAUUUUUUUUUCUUUUUCUUUUGCUUAACAAAUAGGAGCAUUGUAAAGAUGUAAAAAAAAAAAAAAAACAAAAAAAAAAAAGAUCCUGCAUUAAAAAAAGAAAUGGCUGUACAUAUUGUAUUAAUUAAAACAAUUAAGCUUCUAUUGGCU